AUGCACAGACUCAGAUUAUUUAGGGGGUGUAUUAACAGAAAAGUUGGUAUACCAACAAAAUGUUGUAACCCGAAGAUUCAUUUCCGUUGUAUUAGUAGUAAUGAAAAUCUAAAUCUAAAAAAAAAUGCAAAUACGUCGAACAGAAGCGGUGAAGGAGUAGGUAAGAGUAAUGAAGUUAACAAAGGUAGUGGGGGUAAAGGAAGUACGAAAAUAGGAAAGAUAUCACAAGUAAUAGGAGCUGUUGUGGAUGUCGAAUUUGAAGACACGCCGCCAUCUAUUUUAAAUGCACUAGAAGUUGAAAUAGAUAAUAAGAAAUUAAUUUUAGAAGUAGCGCAGCAUUUAGGUAAUAAGGUAGUUAGAACAAUAGCUAUGGAUGCAACGGAUGGUUUGGUAAGAGGACAACAAGUGUCUGAUAGUGGAAAACCUAUUAGUGUGCCUGUAGGUAAAGAAACGUUAGGCAGAAUUAUGAAUGUUAUAGGAGAACCUAUUGAUGAGUGUGGAGAUAUUAAAUAUAAAAAGAUGUUACCUAUACAUAGAGAUCCACCAUUAUUUACAGAUCAGAGUACAGAACCUGCACUGUUAAUAACUGGAAUUAAAGUUGUUGAUUUAAUAGCUCCAUAUGCUAAAGGAGGAAAAAUUGGUUUAUUUGGAGGUGCAGGAGUAGGUAAGACUGUAUUAAUUAUGGAGUUAAUCAAUAACGUUGCAAAGAAACAUGGUGGAUAUUCCGUUUUUGCAGGAGUUGGUGAAAGAACAAGAGAAGGAAAUGAUUUAUACCACGAAAUGAUAACAACUGGUGUUAUUAAAAAAAAAAAAAUUGGAAAUAAUAAUGAAUAUGAUUUUAAUGGUUCUAAAGCUGCAUUAGUAUAUGGACAAAUGAAUGAACCACCUGGUGCUCGUGCAAGAGUAGCAUUAACAGGAUUAACUGUUGCUGAAUAUUUCAGAGAUGAAGAAAAUCAAGAUGUAUUAUUAUUUGUAGAUAAUAUAUAUAGAUUUACACAAGCAGGUUCAGAAGUUUCUGCUUUAUUAGGGCGCAUACCAUCAGCUGUAGGUUAUCAACCGACAUUAUCAACUGAUUUAGGUGCAUUACAAGAAAGAAUUACAACAACAAAAAAUGGUUCUAUUACAUCUGUUCAAGCAGUUUAUGUACCUGCUGAUGAUCUAACUGAUCCUGCUCCUGCAACCACUUUUUCACAUCUAGAUGCAACAACUGUUUUAUCAAGAUCUAUAGCGGAAUUAGGUAUAUAUCCAGCUGUCGAUCCAUUAGAUUCAACUUCACGUAUGUUGACACCAGAUAUUGUUGGAGCUGAACAGUAUGAAGUGGCAAGAAAUGUACAACAAAUAUUACAAGAUUAUAAAUCUCUUCAAGAUAUUAUUGCUAUUUUAGGUAUUGAUGAAUUAUCGGAACAGGAUAAAUUGACCGUUGCCAGGGCAAGAAAGGUACAGAGAUUCUUAUCUCAACCAUUUGCUGUUGCAGAAGUUUUUACUGGAAAACCAGGUAGAUUUGUUGAACUUGAAGAUACAAUAAAAGGAUUUUCAGAGCUCCUCAAAGGGGAUUGUGAUGACUUACCUGAAAUGGCAUUUUACAUGGUUGGUGGAAUGGACGAGGUUAAGUCCAAGGCCGUCGAGAUGGCCAAGCAGAUAUCCUAG